GCGUAGAGCAGCAGGCACGUCUUCGGCUCCGAAUGUUCCAUCUCCUGAGGUAGUGCACAWCUGCGGGACGUCUUCGGGUCACACAGUGUGCGUGGUGUCCARYGGCAACGCUGAGCAGCGGGCGUGUCUUUGGCGGCUGCGGCARGAGCGAAGGUGUAGCGGGUGAGCGAUUUGCGGAGAUGGAUGGCGGCGGCUGCGGCCACGGUCUGCGGGCGGAAGAGAUGGAGGAGGUGGCGAUGGUGGUGUGUACCGUCGUCCUGAAGACGAUGAACGAGAUGUCGUCGUCGUCACGAGACGUGGCGAAGCAGCUCCGUAAACGACGAGCGCUGUUGCAGAGCGUUGCCGAAGCGGCGGAUUGCGUGGUGACGUGUGAGGCAGUGGUCCAGUUGUGUACAACGCUGUCGUCCGGCGUUUUCCCCCGGCAGACCCCGCGAUGGUGGAUUAAACGACGUACUAGCAGAACAUGGGAGGACCUUCGGCAGUGCGAUGACACCACGAACGAGUACUUCCGCCAAAAGUUGCGCAUGUCGAUGGCCAUGUUCAAGCAGAUCGUAGCCGCUCUCGCCGCGUUCGUGGAGAAGAAGGUCACGCACUACAGGACACCAUUGCCAGCGGAGCAGGUUAUCGCUUUCACAUUGUACAGAUGGGCGUCCAGGGAGACGUACGAGAGUGGCACUUCAGCCUUCGGCAACGGCAGGGCCUCUGGACUGCAGGCCGUCCACGACGUCACUUCGGCGCUGCUGCGGGCGUACCUCGACGCCAUCAAGUGGCCAAUCCUCGACGUCCACGUCGGAUACCCGGGGAGUGUGCACGACGUCUGCGUCCUGCACAAUUCCCAGCUCUGGAGGCGCGCGCAGACUGGCGAGCUCUUCGAGGCAGCUCCAGAGAAUUUGCCGCACGGUGUCGUCACGCGAGGAUACCUGUUGGGCGACAACGGUUAUCCUGUUGCCUGUCCAUGGAUCGUGCAGCCGUAUGGAGGAAUGGACCAAGGUCCUGACAAGGAGCCCUUCGACAACCGGCAGAAGGUGGCGCGAGGGUGUGUGGAGAGGGCGUUCGGCCGAUUGAAGUGCAUGUGGCGUCUGUUCUUGCGCACCCACAAGACGAACCUGGAAACAUUGCCACAGCAAUUCGUUGCCGUCUGCACUCUCCACAACACCCUCCUCGAUGCAGGGAUCGACUUCGAUGAGAACCUGUUAUGGGAGGUGGGUUCGGACGGCGUCAGGGGCAGAGUGGACUUGGGCAUUGCCGGGGGCGACGGAGGCGGGCGUCCACUGAGCUCCAACAUCGAGGGUGAGUUGUUGUGGAACGCGCUUCACGACCGCUUGGCUUUGAUAUAGGCCCUCGUGGAGGGAGAGAGAGAGAGAGAGAGAGAGAGAGAGAGAGAGAGAGAGAGAGAGAGAG